ACGCAAUGUGUCACUUUUCGGUAAACGGUAGUGGUCCGCUUGAUUUCAACCUCUUUCUGUGGACCUGCGCAGGUUUCUUCGCAUCCGCAGACAUGGCUCCAGAGUCCCCGGCUGAACCUGGGGCCCGAGCCAUCAGGGGCAGGCAGGCGGACGGCUCCACAUUCGGCAUCGAAGAAACGGUCGCUCCGAAAAACACCUCCGCGCAUCCCGAACCUGUUCUCGCCCAGUCAGCCCGGAGUCGCCGACACCGCCGUGAGCAUGCCCGCGAAUCGGACUCCGCCUACUCGCGACGACCUACAGCGCCACCUGUGCAGGCGGAAACGAGCCAACCACUCGAGUGUGCCUUCUGCAAGAAGAACGGCGAAAGGCGGAGUUUCGCGCGCACCCACGUGCUCAAGGACAAACUCACUGGUCACGUGGUGUGCCCGAUACUGAGGAAGUACAAGUGCGAGAUGUGCGGUGCCACGGGCGACAACAGCCACACGCGCUCCUACUGCCCGCAGAAGUCCGGCGAGGUGUUCAACAUGGCGCUACUCAAGGAGACUCCUCGGAACAGCACGGACCGGAGGAAGGACUCCUAGUGAACUCUCGGGAAAGUGGCGCGAAAGAGUUUUAGUCGGUGUCAUAACAGGGUGCCCACAGUGAAUCAGCGCUGUAAAGCGCACCGGAAAAAUCGGCGCCUGCACAUAGAAAGUUCAAACUUCCACCGCAUGUGCAUUCAGGAGGUGGUACAUUUUACUCGAGGAAAUUUCAAGGGAAUUGAGACGAACCAACUUGCCAGGUUCAAAGGCGAUCGCGUUCGCAAGCGACCCAGUUAGCGAGCGCCUUCGUUCGAUAGGCUCAGCAAGCAGACGACGGACUGUGUUGUCUGCUUGCUGUGCCUAUCGGGAGGUGACGCCACAAGUUACAACCAUCGCUAACUUGGUCGUUUGCGAACACGCCCGCCGCUGACCCUGGCAAGUUUGUUUGUCUCAUUUCUCCCAGGGAGGUAGCUACACCUUGAAAUUUCAUAAGGUAAGAUGCACCACCUAAAUCCACAUUCGAUGGAAGUUUACGCUUUCUCUGUGCAGGCACCGUUUUUUAGGACUCGUUUUAAAGCACUAAGAUUCGUGAACACUUGGUAUAUACGAGCAGGUGUUUCGGUCGCAAGUGAUAAUAAAAUUGUAAAGAGGUGUGUCGUAACACUUGUUUCCGAGAGCUUGGGAGUGGUACACCUUGGGGAGUUUGUACACCGAUCUAGCGCUUGCGGACGUCAGAGUACGCAUGGGAAGUGGUAAUUUGCGUUCUAAUUACCUACAAUCCCCAAAAUAAUUUAUUAAAAUAUUAUGUAGUGAUGCGGCGAGUUGGAGCUAGUUGGUACGAAGACAUCAUAUUAAAACAGCGCACGAGCAGAAAAGAGAAGAGCUCUGCGUUCUCUUCUCUUUCUCCCCGAAUUGUGCGCUGUUUUAAUGGGAAGAUUUUUAAAUUAUCUCCUUAUCCACAUUAAUUAGAAAUAUGUUUCUCGUCGUUAAAAUGUUUGAAAUAUAUGAUGAUUGAUAAUGAGCAUGUGUGAAUGUCUUUUCAAGUGUCAUGUAGAAUUUUACCGAAAUAAUUUUUGAACAGAAUCGUUCUCAGUAGGAAAUUGCAUGCUUCAUUAAAAUUAUGACGGCUGUAAUAAAAUUUCAUACCUUAGUUCAAUUAAAUAAAAUAUAAUAUUUUUU